AUUAAGAACCCCACCACAUUUAAUACAAGGAUUGUAGAUUUGAUCUUACAACUUGACAACUCAUUACUCUGUUUUUACUCUCCUUCACUUGCAGGUAAUCUUUCUAUUUUCCCCAUUUUUUUUUUCCAUUAGACUGUAAUCAGUAUUGAACCAUUCAUGGAGAAAUCUGGGCACAAUUCAAAUUCCCCAGUAGGAGUAUUGGAAGAUUAUUUUCGAAGCGAAUCUGAUUCAAAUUCUUCAAAAGAAACAUUUCAUGAAGAGAAUGAAUGUCAAAAAACCCAGAAAAUAACUUCGCGUUUUCGUGGGUUUAUCAAUUUAUUAAGAACUACAUCUAAGAAACAAUUACCAUCAAUGGCUUCUUUCAAUACCCACAAAUUAUCAGGAUUAAGAUGUAAUAGUAUGAGAGAAGAAAUCCCAGUUGCUGCAUUUUCAAAUUCUGAUUCAGUUUGCAAGAAUUUCACACUUUCUGAGCUUCAAUUUGCAACAAAAAAUUUUAGCCAAGAAAAUUUGAUUGGAAAAGGUGGAUAUGCAGAAGUGUAUAAAGGGAGACUAUAUGAUGGAGAAAUUGUUGCAGUGAAAAGACUAACAAGAGGUACACAAGAAGAGAGGACAUCAAAUUUUUUAAGUGAGCUAGGAAUAAUGGCUCAUGUUAAUCAUCCUAAUACAACUAAAUUGAAGGGUUAUUGUGUUGAAGGAGGAAUGCAUCUUGUUCUUCAAUAUUCGCAUCUUGGUAGUUUAUCUUCAUCACUACAUGGUUCAAAGGAGAAAUUGUGUUGGAGUAUUAGGUUUAAGAUUGCCUUAGGGAUUGCUGAGGGGCUGAUGUACCUUCAUUAUGGUUGUCAAAGGAGAAUUAUCCAUAGAGAUAUUAAAGCUGCAAACAUUUUGCUUACUAAAGACUUUGAACCUCAGAUUUGUGAUUUUGGGCUUGCAAAGUGGUUACCAGAUAAAUGGACUCAUCACAUUGUUCUUAAAUUUGAAGGCACAUUUGGCUAUCUUGCGCCAGAAUUCAUGAUGCAUGGCAUAGUCGAUGAAAAAACCGAUGUUUUUGCAUUCGGGGUGCUUUUGCUCGAGUUAAUCACUGGUCGACGUGCUCUUGAUUGCUCACAGCAGAGCCUUGUUAUGUGGGCGAAACCAUUGUUAAGAAAAAAUAACACAAGAGAGCUCAUUGAUCCUGCUCUAGAUAACAACAUCAACUCAAAACAGAUGAAGCUAGUGCUCUUAGCUGCUGCUUUAUGUGUGCAACGCUCUUCCAUUCGACGACCUUCAAUGAAUCAGGUUGUACAGCUUUUGAAAGGCAACCUUAGCAGCUUAGAUUCUAUGAAGAAAUACAAGAAACCGUCAUUUUGGAAGAUGUAUUACGAAGAGAUGAAAGACUCGUAAAAAUACGCAGCUAAAUGAAGCUAUGUAUACCAUGUUUGGUAACAAAGUUUUUGCAGGAAUUCAUAGUCCAUAGUAUUGUCACUAUUUAUACACUACUAAUUACUCUUACACAACACAAGUACAUGAUCGUAUUUCGUGAAGUACUUGUACAGAUAUACAGAUGACAUUAUAACUGGCUUCAUUAUAGAAUUUCUGGUGAUGAAAUGAACGUAAUUCUAUCAAAACCGAACAAAAAUAAACGAAAACGAAGAAACUAUAAAGAUAUGGAUAUGAACCUUCCAUAUGUUCUCUUGUACAUGUUCUUGUUCAAAUUUUGAGAUGUAUAUCAGAAAGCCAAUAGAUCACUGCUCUUUGGAUUCGUGUUCGAGGUAGUUCGGUUGAUCUGUUCGUUAUUCGUGACAAAAUCCAAGGAGUUUUAGUGUAUAGAUUGUCAUUAAUUCUUCAUUAUCAAAACAUGUAUAUGUCUUCUUUCCUAACCAUAGAACUUGACACAGAUGAAUUCUGAAUGUUAGUAUAAGGGGGGCUGAACACUUAUUUUUGUGAUGAUAUUCUCAUUACUACGUGUGUUGAGAACAACUCGACUGUUAAUUAAUUAGAUAUUUAAUUCUGAAUUCUAAAACAUUUGUUUGAGAAAUUAUUAUAUUAAUCAGUAGCAAAACCAUCACGGUUUGUUUAA